CUGAGCUAAACAGCAGACAAAAACAAUGAAAUUUUUCUGUUUUUAAACACUAAAAAAAGUAGUUUCAUAGUGCCAUUUGUUUCCAUAAAAUAAAGUGUUUGUAAACAAACACAGUUAUGUGAUUUGUGCUUCUAGUUUCAAUUGGAAUUUGUGAAUAAAAAGUAGUGAUUUCUUUAUGUUUGAAGGUUAUAAAAAAAGUUUGGAUUGUAAAAUUUUAGAAAACUGAGCUUGUUAAGGGAUGUCUUUAACAUGCAGAUAUGUGCAAAAAAGCUCGAAAAAUAACCCUUUUGGAGGCCCAGAAAAAAAUGCGAAAGAUAGUGCUGUCUUGUGACUUAGAAAUUUGGAAACAUAGUAAAUGGAGAACAGUGGCAAGAUCCAAAUAAUAUUCAAAACUUUAAAACAUAAAUUUUGUUCUCCAGUUAUCAAAAUUACAUUCCAAACUUGAGAGUGCCAUAAUUUUAAGCCAUAAGAAUUUAGAUUAGUGCUAACCAAAGUUAUCUAAGGAAAAAAGUAGUAUUGUAUUGUCCAAAAAAGGGUGAAAAAUCAUGUUGGAGGAUGCCAGACCUCUUUUGGGGGCCUUCCAUACACAAGGAGUGAGACGGGGUGUUCGUAGAGGAGUGAGAUGGGUCCUUGGGCCAGCUACUUUAAGGAAAUGUGUAUUUGCCAUAGUGUUCUUUAGUAUUAUCUUAAUUAUAUUCUACUUAAGGCAGACUAGGACUCCAUAUUUAACCAAGUUUAUCAGGACCAAUACUCGUCCAGAACCGAAUAUAAAAUGUGGAAACCUCAACGGUCCGAGACUUUUACAGAAUCACGACCACAAAACGGACGCCCGCUUGAAAAGCUACCCCAAAGUAUUAGUAUUUGUCGAAAGUAUUCUAAAUUUAGGAAAAGACAUUGCCGAACUCCUAGUCCACACCAGGAUAAAAUACAAAGUCGAGGUCACAGGGAAAAGUCUUCCUGUUCUAACCACCCUGGACAAAGGCCGAUACGGCGUCAUAGUUUUCGAAAACUACAACAAAUACUUGCAGAUGGAUAACUGGAACAGGGAACUACUCGACAAGUACUGUAGAGAGUAUUCCGUGGGGAUUAUAGGUUUCGUGCCUGCAGAAGAAGAGACCUAUGUCGGUUCCCAGCUCAAAGGUUUCCCGUUAUUCAUUCACACGAACUUGAAACUUAAAGACGCCUCCUUAAAUCCAACUUCACAGAUCUUGAGACUCACCAGAGCUGGUGAGACUGCCUGGGGUGAAUUACCAGGAAACGAUUGGGUGGUUUUUCAGGCCAAUCACAGUACUUAUGAGCCUCUGGAGUGGGCUUAUAGGAACGAUUACUUCCAGAUCAAUGAGAGCGGCAUAAGGACUCCUCUACCAACAGUUAUUCAAGACCACGGGCUGUAUGAUGACAUUCACAGGGUUAUUUUUGGCUCUGGAUUGAAGUUUUGGCUGCACAGGUUAUUGUUCUUGGAUAGUUUAAGCUAUCUUAGUCACGGACAGCUGAGUUUGUCUCUGGACAGAUCGAUUUUGGUGGAUAUUGACGAUAUUUUCGUUGGGGAUAUCGGAACUAGGCUCAAACCUGAGGAUGUGCAAGCUUUAAUAAGUACUCAAACUCGUUUGUCAAGUAUGGUGCCCAAUUUCAAAUUCAACCUCGGUUUUUCCGGAAAAUACUUCCACCAUGGAAACUCUGAAGAAGACAAAGGGGACGACAUGAUUCUGGGAAACGUGGAUAAAUUCAUGUGGUUCUCUCACAUGUGGAACCAUCAACAGCCGCAUCUCUAUGAUAACUUAACUCUCUUGAUGGAAGAUAUGAUUUUGAACAAGAAUUUUGCCAAACAAUAUGGUAUACCAAGUGAUUCUGGCUAUUCAAUAUCACCGCAUCAUUCUGGCGUUUAUCCAGUGCACGAACUGUUGUAUAUAGCUUGGAAGAAAGUGUGGAAUAUUCGGGUGACAGCUACUGAGGAGUAUCCAAAUUUGAGGCCAGCAAGGUUAAGAAGAGGUUUCAUCCACAGAAACAUAAUGGUUUUGCCUAGACAAACCUGCGGUUUGUUCACGCACACCAUGUUAAUUGAUAGGUAUCCGGGUGGUAGAGAGAAACUUGACGAAUCCAUACAAGGUGGAGAGUUGUUCCAAACUAUUGUAUAUAACCCUAUAAAUAUAUUUAUGACGCACAUGUCAAAUUAUGGAAACGACAGGUUAGGACUGUAUACUUUCGAAUCUGUCAUUAAAUUUAUACAGUGUUGGACUAACAUCAGACUUACGUCAGCGCCUCCAUUGCAAUUGGCUGAAAAUUAUUUUAAACUGUAUCCUGGCGAAUCAGAUCCAGUGUGGGGGAAUCCUUGCGAUACACAAAGACAUCAGAAAAUAUGGUCGAAAAAUAAAUCGUGCGAUUCAUUACCGAGGUUUUUAGUUAUCGGGCCUCAAAAAACCGGAACUACGGCACUGUAUACUUUUUUAGCGCUGCAUCCUGCCAUAGCUAAGAAUCUGGCCAGCCCCACUACUUUCGAGGAAAUUCAGUUUUUUAACGGAAACAAUUAUUUGAGAGGCUUAGAUUGGUAUAUGAAUUUUUUUCCCAGUGACACCAAUUCAACAUCGACUCGGUACUAUUUCGAGAAAAGCGCCACUUAUUUUGACGGCGAGUUAGUACCGAAAAGGGUGCACGCUUUACUACCUCGCGCGAAGAUAAUCACAAUCUUAAUAUCACCAGCCAAGAGGGCUUAUUCGUGGUACCAACAUACCAAAGCUCACGGUGACAUCGUCACUAAUAAUUACAGCUUCCACCAAGUGAUCACAGCUAGUGAUACUGCCCCGAAACCUUUGAGAGACCUUAGGAACAGGUGUCUGAACCCUGGAAAGUACGCUCAACAUUUGGAAAGAUGGCUGACGUACUUUUCCGCCCAGUCUAUCCAUAUUAUCGAUGGUGAGGAAUUGAAAUCCAGUCCUAUAGAUGUGAUGAACGAAUUGCAAAAAUUUCUGAAGAUAUCGCCAUUUUUUAACUACACAGAACACUUGAGAUUUGAUAAGAAAAAGGGAUUCUACUGUCAGGUGGUAAAAGGGGACAGUACCAAAUGCUUGGGCCGUAGCAAAGGUAGACAGUACCCUCCCAUGGAAGAAAAGUCACUAAAAUAUCUUCAGAGAUAUUAUUCAACUUACAAUACAGCUUUGGUAAAGCUGUUUAAAAAAAUAGGUAUAAGGGUGAUUCCUAACUGGUUAAAAGAAGACUUAUCUGAUAAUAACGAAUCUGAAAGUUAAGUUAUUUAAUUUUCGCGAUUCUACAGUACGUUUUGUGUAAAUAAAGCAUUAAUAUUUAUAACCAAAAAUCCUAAUAAGUUAUAUUAACUUUUUCUUUCAAAUAAUAAAAAUACGUACAAAAAUACUUCGUGAUGAAAUUAAAACUACGUCAUAGUAUGCCUAGAAAUAAUUUAAUAUUUUCAGUGAUUUUUUUUUGUUAAGCAUUAAAAAGAAGUAAAAUUAGUAGGCAGUUACUAUGACGGUUUUUUUUUUAUUAAAUCACGCGGUGUAUUGAAUUAGACUUAAGUAUGAUUUAACACAUAUCACUUCGACAGCAAUAUCAUUCAUUUGAUAAACAAUAAUAUACGAAUUUUCGUAAAUUUAAGCUUUAAAUUUUAUUUAAUUAUAGACCUUUUUUUGAAAUAUAUUUUUACAACAAAAAAAAUACAGCACAGUCAAUUCGGUUUAUGUUUAAUUUCAACGAUUUUUUUUAAAUCUUUCUUUAUUUUUAUUCUAUAGGGUGAAUGUUAAAUAUUAUAGGAUAUUAUUUAACAUUACACUUAUUAAGUGUAAAUAUUUUUUCACAUCUGGUAGAUCUCUGUAAAAGAAAUAUCCAUUUUUAUAAAACUAAAAAUGCUGCACACAGAUUCUUGUAAUUUUUGUUUUCACCUUUUACUUUUUUUUGUUAUCUAUGGUUAAAAUAUUUGCACUUAUUUAAGAAACGCCUUGCUUAAAAUCUCUUUUUUUCAUUUACCAAGCCUCCAAUUGAAGAAUAUGCAACCAAAGUCCUAAAUUAAGGAAUUAAAAAUUAUAUAGAGUGGUCUAGAAUAAUAUGUAUGUAUCCGACGUCCAAUAAUUGAGCUUAAUGUACAUUAUUUGUGAAAAAUUGAGAGAACUCUUUAAAGAUAGCCUAUAUCGCUGUAAUAAAUGUUAAGUGUGGUGUACGUUUCAAAUUUAUUAAGAAUCUUUUUAGUUUUCCCCAUUUUUGACGUUUUUGACAUUAUUUUUGACAUUUAGAGGGCAGUACUGUAAGUUGACAGUGACGUACAUAUAUAACUUUGAACGUCGACAUUUAUAUUUUUUCGCCAUAGAUAGAAAAAACAACUAUAGAUUGGAAAGUACCCAUAAGGACAAUGUAAAUACUGUUUGGCGCUAUUGUUACAACGGUCGCUCUCCAAAGCUUUUGAUAAUUUCGGAGCGGUUCGGCUUUUUUCCGGAUUUAUGUCGCCAAAUAUUAUUUAUUCAAUUUUAUUAUUAUCUUUUAAUUUUUUAAAUAAAACACAGUGUGUUACAUUAUGAAAUACCUAUGAAACAUUGGAAACCGAAGUUAUAAAACGAUCCACGAUGCCGAUGGUUUUUGCAGUUCACAGUUCACACAGCUUUUUAAGUUUUCAAUGCCACUUUUUCACAAUUAUCACGGGUUUGAGUAAAUAAAAUUUAAAU